UCUAAGAAUAAAAACGGUCGUCGAUUCUGAGGGGGCCUUGAACCUAUUUUGGACUAAAACGAAAGUUUCUGCUGUAAUGGUUUCUGAAUUUGUAUGCUUUUGUGAGCUGAAGAUGCUGAGCCCCCCUGAAAGUGAGCUAUUUGGAUUUUGGUGAGCAUAUCCUCCGGGAGGGCUUUCAAGAGAACGCGAUCGAUGCGUAUUUUUUGGACGAAAGUGGCGGGCAUUCUCCGCCAUGUUCUAAUAGAAAGAGAGUAGAUCAGGAUCAAACGCCCUUAGGAAAUAGGGAAAAAAAGGGGAAAAGGAAGAAGUAGAUAGGAUUGAAGGCAACUACCGUCCCGCCAUUAUCGGGGAGGGACAGAGAUGGAAUUUCGUGUGAGUAAUGGCGACACUGCGAGUUUCUGAAGGUCAAACGCCAUCUCCGAGAUCCGGAUCUCUCUCUCCCCUCCUGUGUCUGUCUGUCUCUCUAUGAGGAAGGGUUGGUGACGAGGAAGAAGGGAUCGAAGGAAGCAAGAUGAGGAAAAAGCUCGGCACUCGUUUCCCUGCGUCGCGAAUUAAGAAGAUAAUGCAAGCUGACGAGGAUGUUGGGAAGAUUGCACUUGCGGUGCCUAUCUUAGUGUGACAUAUGAAAUAACACUGCAACGAGGAGCCAGGACAGUGAGUUCUUCUCACCUGUAAGUUAAAAUCCUUCCGCUGUACCGAGCGCUCAUUUUUUCAAAUAUUCUUUUACAUCUUUUCCCACGUAUUUUAUAGUUAUUUAAAUGUGAAAACACGCUUAUUUUAGGGCAAGUCAUGGGGUUUAUAAUAUCCUGACUAGAAAAGCCUGCACUGUGGACGGAGAAAGAAAAAUAGAAGAACUAGUGAAUAUACUCUUUUUGUGACUUCUGUUUGUCUGUUUCACUUUAAGAAAAUAUAGAUUAGGCAUGAAUGCCGGAUGCAAAUGGCCAUAACUUUCAGAUUAGGAGAAUGUUAAGACUGGAUGCUGCCAAAGUUGAUUAACAACCGAAGGAUCUAGGUUGUCUUAAAUCUUGUUCUUUGCUAGAAUCAUGGUGUAUAGCUGACAUCAGAAAGUUAGUCAAGAUAUGAAGGAACUUAUUACACGGUUUAAAAGGAAAACGGAGGUAGUUUUAGGUGUUUAGCUAUAAUAUGUAGAAUUAAUUGAAGGGUUGAAUUUUAUCUGCGCGAGAUGCAUCACCUAGACCUCGUGUUUCAGGCCGUGAUAUGCUGUUUUGUGUGUCUUGUCUUCUUCAUCAAGGAUUCUAUGAAAUUGGUUUUGAACUCUAUAGUUGUUGAACUCGUUCAGCUCACUGAUUCAAUAUGCAACUGCUAAUAAAUUUUGGUUUUCUAACGCAUGGUUAGAAAGCACUGCAUUCAUACGUACAGUGCAUUUGAUUUCUUGAGGGAAAGUGUGAACAAAGUCCCUGAUAUUGGUGGUUCAUAUCCUAUGGGCGUUGAAAGAAAUGGCAUCAGAAGAAGAAAAGUAUUAACUAACGGAGACUGUGGCACCAUGGAAGACGGGAAGCGUGCAAAGGCGGUAAAAUUUUUCCCAACAGAAACGCUUCCUUUACCACUGAAAAUAGUACUGACAGUGCUCAAAACGAAAAUAAAAUCUCAAUGGCAGGUAAUGAUGCAUCAUCAUGUCGGAAGAGGAGGGCGUGGAAGGGGCAGAGGAAGAGGAAGAGGAAGAGGAAGAGGAGCUCGCGGCAGCAGGUUAAGCGAGGAAGGUGUAAAAAUCCAGAAGUAUGAAGACGACUUGGGCAUGUGUUCUGAUGAUAAUGAUGAACAGGCUAUUAAAACAGACAAACCGGAGGACCAAGUUGAAGGAAAAGAAAAUACAGGAUGUGCCAAUAGCGUGGCAGUCACAGGGGGUACCAAUGACGGUGUUGGAUCUAAGGAAGUUCGGCAGCCGCUUGAGAAUAAGGUGGAAGCAAAUAAUGAGUACAUGGGCUGGCCUUUCUACGAUAUGGCUAAUAUGGGCAUAGAGCCGGCACAACUUUUGCUUCUAAACAAGAAAACAGAUCCAGAAGAAGAAGAGGACUAUGACAAUGAUGAAGAAUGAAGCUUCCAAAUCCUUCAUAUUUGUCUCCUCCUAGGAGAUUGUACAGAAUUCCUGCAUUUAUCUAUUUAAAUUAGGUAAUUAUUGUGA